ACGUCUUUCUUAGGGAAACCUACUACGAGAUUCUGAUAAAUAGCAUUGAUAGUUUGAGAUUCCAGGAGCUACUGUAUUUGCUGGAUGAGUUCAGCAAGGUAGCGUCGUAGUUUAGUAGCUGCUGAACUAACGAAAGAAAAAUGGAACCAGAUACAUUCUUAAAGGAAUGCGCUUUGCCUUACACAAUAUAAAAAAGAAAAAGAGAAUAAAAAUAGAAAGAUGAAGGAACAAAGUUGACACAAUCCCUUUCUUUCCGUUGGUCAACAACCAACAAAACAAAAUCGUUUAGUUCUUCACUACUCGUACAGGAAGGCCUCUCUUUCUGUAUGGGGGGAAUCAAAGAAAGGCAAUCAGAGAAUGUUUACACUCCAUUUUCAUUACGAAGAUGUAUCACGUCAGGAUCCGUUGCUCAAACCGAAUCACGCCAACGUUAUGGAAGUUCCUGGAUCGUGUAAAAUAAGAGUAGUACCAAAGGCAGCACCUUCUGAUUUCAUAAUCAAAAAUGGAAAAUUGGCUAUGGAGAUUCCGUGCGGGCAGAAAUUAAUACAGACACAAAGGGCUUCGACAGGAAAGUCGUUUCGAUCCAAUCCAUUCUUGGGGUCAAAUAAAGAAAAAAAAGGAUAUGUCAGUGACCUAGCACGGCAAAGCACUCUCCGAGGUCAUGGAAUGUCUCAUUUUUUGGUAAAAAUCUCCGCAGUAAUGUCUCUGUUAGAUUUUCCGGUCGAAAUACGGGAAAAGUCCAUUCAAUUCUUGAUGGAAAUGGAGUUUUGCGAAUUCUCCCCGGAACUGGAAGAUCAUUUCGAGAUCUUCGAACAUAUUAGGGGGUUCCAUGUCACUAUUUUAACUUCGGCCAACACACAAGAUGAGACUUUACCACCGUGGAGCGGCUUUUUUCAAAAAGAUGAGGGGGAAAGUCAGUAAGAUGUCGGAGAAGCAAAA